CGGUUUCUAAUGUAGGAUAUUUCCAUUUUUAAGUAUUGCAAUAAAUUUAAAAUGCCUCCCAUAAAACCGAAUAAAAAAUGGAAUUUUUUAAAACAAUUUUACUUGAAAUAUGUUAAUUUAGAGUAUUUAAAAUUCUUAAUAUUUGAUCCCGCGGCACUUCCUAUUGUAACGGUGUUAGUAUUAUUAGGAGAGCUCCUGUUGAAUGUGCUUGUAAUUCAGCGCGUUCCUUACACCGAAAUUGAUUGGAAAGCUUACAUGCAAGAAUGUGAGGGAUUUUUAAAUGGAACGACUAAUUACGCACUUCUCAAAGGUGACACCGGGCCGCUUGUUUAUCCUGCUGGUUUCGUCUACUUGUAUUCAGCGCUGUACUUUAUAACAUCAAAUGGAGAAAAUAUUCGUGUUGGACAGUACAUUUUUAUGGGCAUAUAUAUGUUACAAAUGUGGUUCAUAUUGCGUCUUUAUACAAAAUCUAGAAAAGUACCACCAUAUGUGUUGGUCAUAAGUGCAUUUACAUCUUAUAGAAUACAUUCGAUUUACGUUCUUCGUCUAUUUAAUGAUCCAAUAGCUAUACUCUUUCUUUAUGCGUCACUAAAUUUGUUUAUGGAUCGUCACUGGAUAUUUGGUAGCAUACUUUUCAGUCUUGGUGUUGGCGUGAAAAUGAAUAUUUUAUUAUUUGCACCUGCUUUACUGUUAUUCUAUAUAACCAAUUUAGGGUAUGUGAAGGCAUUGCUUCAGAUAUGCAUAUGUGGUUUUGUUCAACUUUUAAUUGGUAUUCCUUUUCUAUUUACUUAUCCGUUAGAAUAUAUUAAGGGCAGUUUCGACUUGGGUAGAAUAUUUGAAUAUAAGUGGACUGUUAAUUAUAGAUUUCUGCCCCAAAUUUUGUUUAUUAAUAAAUAUUUUCAUUUAAGUCUAUUAGCCCUCCAUAUUAUUUUGUUAUUAAUAUUCGCGAAACCAACACACUAUUUCUUCACAAGAUAUCUACGAUUGCGUGAGUUGCAGAAACAACUUCAACCACAACUUCAUCAAAGAAAUAAAGAUAUUAAAGCUAAAGGUAUAGCGUCAAAGAAAUCAAAAGUGGUGGAUAAAACACCUAAAGAAAAACUAACGGCCGAACAAGAAUCAUUUCUAAAAACGUUCGAAAAAAAUUUGCAAAAAUCUACGGGAUUAAACACACCGCCAAAACGCGAAAAUAAAGAAGUUCCGUCAACUGAGAAAGAAGUUUCGAUUCAUUUCGAGCAAUGCACUCAGCUUGCUUUGUUACCAUUUUUUUUGUGCAAUCUUAUAGGAGUAGCUUGUGCUAGAUCAUUGCACUACCAAUUUUAUGUGUGGUAUUUCCAUUCUCUACCUUACUUAGCAUGGUCAACUGAAUUUAGUUUAGGUUCCCGCUUUCUUAUAUUGGGUUUAAUUGAAAUGUGUUGGAAUACAUAUCCCAGUACUUACUUUUCAAGCAUUGCACUUCAUUUAUGCCAUGUCGUCCUCUUGAUAGGAGUUGGACGUGCAAUGUUCAAAACAAUCAGACUGAGUGAAUCAGCAAAAAAUCGAUAAUUGGUACUAAAUUUUUGGAGAAAUGGACUUAAUUUAAAUAUAAAAUAAAAUGGAACGCAAAAGUAGUAAUAUGUGUGUUUAUGUCAAAUUCUUGUUAUUUGUUUUAACGAUACAAAUAGUAUUAAUUCUAACAUUGUAACAAUCCAUGUUUUGUUAUAAAUUACAAAUAUAAAUACCAAAUAAAUCUUAUAUCAAUUUAUUUACACAACUAUCUAUGU